AGGAGGAGGGAACAGAAGGAAAGGCCUUUCCAGCCAGCGACUCUUCAGUGACAACUCGGGUCGAGGUGGGGUUGGUACUCGAGCGCACAAGGCCUGCUUUUGACCUCGUUAGUGGCCCCUGCCGAGGUCACGUGACUCAACGAGGUCGAGAGAGGGUUUGGGGUUAUCAGCCCCGCCUGUCAAAAGGAUCUGGAAUAACGUCUGUCAGUCGAUCGUUGGUUUAAACGCCUCUUUUGGCUGGAGGGGGCGUGUGAUUGUUAAGGCUAUAUAGUAUCCCCUCUCUGAUAUGAAACUAGUGUUCUGUUGCACUAGAUGAGUGAGAGAAGGCGGUGCCUUUGAUUUAGAAUAUUCUGUAGUGACUAUCUUUUCCGUCUCUUUGAUUGGUGCAUUGCAUACCGGUCGCUGAUAGAGGAAUAGUAUUACCAUAGAAAAGGGAAAACGAAUAUGUUAUAGAAGUGAGUCUUUGUUUGCUCAGGAAGAGUAUAAAGUUGUAAAGUGAAUCUCGAUAAUAGUUUGCUUUUGUGAUUUCUAUAAUUCCCUAGGACGACCAACAGCUGUAAUUUCAAUCAGUGUCGAUUAUUGUUAAAUAGUUUUCCCGGAUUAUGAAAGGGAAAUGUUUAUGUUGAUGUUACCGUAAGCAAUUCAUUGAGUGAUGCAGUUUACUGAAAGACGUUUAGCUCCAAAAAGAAUGGUAUGAAUAAAUGAAAAAAGAUAACCUGUUCUACUUGGCAGUUUGGGAAAACAUCGUAACAAAUUGAAGCUUUGGAGGUUAAAAGCUGAAUCGCGAAUAUAAUAAAUUCGCCCUUUGUGUCUGCGAGACAAAGGAUGUCUCCACAGGGAGCAGGAGGAGAAUUUCAGUGUAAAAAUCGCACCAUUCGAAAAGGGGGUUAGAACGGAGCCGGAAAAAUCCGUGACUAUCCCACACAGGAGGAAGGAGUUCCAUCAAGCAAAGUUCCUCCGCUAAUCACAAGAAGACGAAACAGAUCUUCCAUUCCACGUGUCUGGUAGGGGAACAGGGGAACACCACCGCCCAUACUCACUCCUCCUCCUCCUCCUCCUCCUCACAUCUCUUCGCCUAAAACACGUGAUGUCGGCCAACGCCAGAGCGAUGACGCUCGCGAAUGAGAUCAUAUGAAGACCACCGCCUGGGGCCAAACUUUGACGUCCGUCUGGCUAACUUGGAAGCCGAAUUUGAAGCUUAGAUUCGAGUUCGUAGCAUCAGACCUCGAAAGCUGCCAUCAUGAGCCGGAGGCGACACAGGACGAUGAGCUUCUCUUACCCCCACACUCAGAUCGAACGCCAGAUCGACUCCUUCUUGGAGACGUUCAAGAGGCGGAGCGCCGCGGCUAUGGAGCGAGCCCAGAGCUUGCAAGGGGGUCCCGGUGGCCUCCUCUCCCCCUACAUGAACGACUCCCCUCCGCAGGAAUGUUCGCCCAUACCGAAAAGUCGGUCGCCUAGGAAGAGCCCCAGGGUCAAGUUUCAUAUUCCCGGCAGGAGGUCGAGGUGGGUCAUGGGGCGGGCCGGGUCAGGCGGAGUUCCGAGGAGUAAGUCAGGAGUGAGCGUCGGGUCCUCAGGAACUGACUCUGGGAGUGACUCCAUGGAAGGGGUGACGAGAUCCCUCCCCCACUCCCUCCACACCUGGGCGUCGACGGACAGCAUACCAGGCUUAUGAUUACCUAACCUCAUCUUCUUUAUUCCAUGGCUGGCCUUCGGAUUAAACAGGUGAGUAAUGA